AUGGUCGCACGAAUCAAUGGCAAAUCAUCCAAAUCGAUGACUACUUACCAUGUACAACAGCGGGUGGGGACCAGCCAGACUUGUUGUUUGGGCAGAUGCCCGAUGGAAAGAUGUGCAUGGCGCUCCUUGAAAAGGCCUUUGCCAAACUGUAUGGCAAUUGGUCUGCCCUGGACGCUGGCUUUCCAGAGAUCGCCUGGUUUCACACGACCAGCUGCAAAGAAGUCUUCUAUUACAGCACUACAUACCGUGGUUGCGGGUGAUGGCAUUCCUGUGGUCGCUGAUUACUGGGACUAUGACAAAUCCCGGCAGCGCGUAGGUCAGCUAGGUGAAGGUGCUCACUUCACCGAAACGUGGAGGAUUGGAGAAUGGAUUCAAUUCAAAAAGAUCGAUGGCGAUGGGCCGGAUGAGGGAUGGCUGAAAUACUAUAGCAAUGGCAAGCGAGCAGCAAAGCGCACUGCUGCCAACGACAUUUGCAUCAUGCAAUCCAACGUGGGCAUUGUUCCUGAGGAGGCAAUGAAAGCCUGUGGUGCUUCGGGAAGCGACAAAGACGUCCUUGAGACCAUCUUCAAAAAGCAUUCCACAAGUUUUGUGGAGCCAGAAGAGAUGUGGCAAAGGCUUUUGGACUACGACAAAGGCAACUACCUCAUGGCAUCGUCGGCCUCCACCUCUGCCAUGGAGACUUCAUCUGGCAUCGUCCAGGGCCAUGCCUACAGCUUUUUGCACGCACUCGAGAUUGAGGGCGUCAGGAUGGUUUGCUGCAGAAACCCCUGGGGCAAUGAAGUUGAAUGGAACGGACCUUGGAGUGAUCGUAACUCUGCCUGGAAGGCCAACCCAUCAGUUGCUGAAGCGCUGAACGUGGAUUUUCAAACUGAGGGCAGCUUUUGGAUGGAUUUUGAGGAUUGGCUCUAUGUUAUGGGACAAUUGAAAGUCAUGAAUUGUCAGAUGCCAGCAAAGCGUGGCGACUUUCACAACCAGAUUGUAGAAGAGGAUGAAGAUGAGCAAGAGGAAGGACCAGUAGAAGACGCAAAUGAUCAGGAUCAAGAUGCAGGAAGAACAGUAACUGGUUGCUCGGGGUUAUUCAUUGAUUGGUACCCUGCACGUACUAUGGAAGAGGGUAUUGCCUUGUACCCGGACAAGGACUAUACUUUCCAGAACGUACCUGCAGUACUUCUAGGUGGCACGUACAUCGGCAGCAAGUGUUGGCCAACAGCGGGCACAUGGACCAUAGAAUAUCAAGCUCCAGCCACGCUGUUCGUGUGGGCAGCUCAGGGACAGUUCAAUGGUGGAGCAGAUGAAGCUCUCAGUGCUGAUGGAUGGGCAGCAGAAGCUGCAGAAGGCUUCUGUGGAGGUGCCCUUUCUUUGAAUUUGUGGAGCAAGCGCUUUCCGACAGGAUCCUCCUGCAGCAUUGAAAUUGCAGCGGACACCAUGAUCGGCGGUGUGGUUGGCACAUCCCCAUGCGUGCAGCUUUAA